AUGUUCAGAUCUAUGCUUGUUCGAUCCUCUUCCCCGGUGAAGCAAGCGCUUCUCCGUAGAGGAUUCGCCUCUGAAUCUGUUCCUCACCGCAAAGUCGUCAUCCUCGGCGCCGCCGGUGGGAUCGGCCAACCCCUUUCUCUUCUCAUGAAGCUUAACCCUCUCAUCUCUUCCCUCUCCCUCUACGAUAUCGCCAACACUCCCGGUGUUGCCGCUGACGUCGGCCACAUCAACACUCGAUCGGAGGUUUGUGGAUACAUGGGUGAUGAUGAUUUGGGUAAAGCUCUUGAAGGAGCUGACCUCGUUAUCAUUCCAGCUGGUGUUCCGAGGAAACCUGGAAUGACUCGUGAUGAUCUUUUCAAUAUUAAUGCUGGUAUUGUCAAGAAUCUCAGCAUCGCAAUCGCCAAGUAUUGCCCACAAGCACUUGUCAACAUGAUCAGCAACCCUGUGAACUCUACUGUUCCGAUUGCAGCUGAGAUUUUUAAGAAGGCUGGUACUUACGAUGAGAAGAAAUUGUUUGGUGUUACAACUCUUGAUGUUGUUAGGGCCAAGACUUUCUAUGCUGGAAAAGCAAAUGUCCCUGUUGCAGAGGUUAAUGUUCCUGUUGUUGGUGGUCAUGCUGGCAUUACCAUCCUUCCUCUCUUUUCUCAGGCUAGUCCUCAAGCCAAUUUGUCGGAUGAUUUGAUCAAGGCCCUCACAAAACGUACUCAGGAUGGAGGAACAGAAGUCGUGGAGGCGAAAGCUGGAAAGGGUUCAGCUACCUUGUCAAUGGCUUAUGCGGGAGCACUAUUUGCUGAUGCAUGCUUGAAGGGACUUAACGGUGUUCCAGAUGUGGUGGAAUGCUCAUUCGUCCAGUCCACCAUCACUGAACUUCCUUUCUUCGCCUCAAAGGUACGACUUGGGAAGAAUGGAGUUGAGGAAGUGCUCGAUCUAGGACCACUCUCAGACUUUGAAAAGGAAGGCUUAGAAGCCCUAAAGGCAGAACUCAAAUCGUCCAUCGACAAGGGAAUCAAAUUUGCAAACCAAUGA